UGUAGCCUACGCCAUCUUUGUUGCGGGCCGGGAGGCGGCCGCGCGGUGAGGCUCGGCCCACCCCCUACCAGUUCCCCGCGCAGUUCCCCCGGCCCGGUGCCGAUGGGUGGCGGGCGGCCUGCCCGUGGGGGCUUGGCGGGGGCGCCCGGCGGAGCGGGGGCUGAGCGGCGCGGUCUCGGCCUAUGUCUCCGCAGAGCGCGAUGCUGCCCGCGCUGCGCCGCCUGCGCCCGGGGCCGGGCCUGCGCCGCCCGCCAGGCGCCCGCAGCUGCCGAGCCGCCGCCGCUGCCCUGUCGCGGGACAACGAGCAACGGUGCCGCGCGCUGCUGGAGGCCUCCGCCCGCCGCUACCGCCUGGAGGCGGCGACCGCCGCGGUGCUGGUGCCGCUGUGCCGGGCGGGCGGGCAGCCGGCGCUGCUCUACACGCUGCGCUCCCGCAGUCUGCGCGGCCGGCACAAGGGAGACGUCAGUUUCCCGGGUGGGAAGCGGGACAGCUCGGAUCAGGACAUGGUGGCCACAGCGCUGAGGGAGACAUUGGAGGAGCUGGGCCUACGUUUGGGAAGUGAGAGCAUCUGGGGUAUCAUGAGACCUCUGCCUGACAGGUGGGGGUUAGUGGUCAUUCCUGUUCUGGCAGACUUGGGUCCCUUGGAGUCUCUCUCUCUGAACCCCAACCCCCAGGAGGUUGAAGAGGUCUUCACUCUCCCACUGUCUCACUUGCUGGAAGUGCAGAACCAGGGCUAUACCCACUUCCGCAACAAAGGACACUAUAGCUAUACACUGCCAGUCUUCCUCAAUGGCUGCCACAAGGUGUGGGGGUUGACAGCCAUCAUUACUGAUUUGACACUGGAGCUGCUAGUGCCUGAUGAUUACCGCAGAAGGACACACGUGCCAGCCAUCCACUGAGCAUGUGUUCCACCAGUCCUUUCAGGGAUGCAAUACCAGGAGUGCAGUGCUCAUGUAGAGAGUGAAUAAAAGAGUUCAGGCAUCAUCCUCCACCUUCAGGGGGCAGAGAGCCAGGGAGGUCAAGUAAGGUGAUCCCUACAGCACUUUUUCAGCUACCCUGGGAACGUGAAUCAAAGCCAGAGGGCAAUAGCCUCUUCCCAAAGCAUAGACUGCCCUAACCUGUUGUGGGUAUUUGUUUUGCUGGUAAUCGCUGUAUUUGGUAUAGGGCCUACAAAAAGACCUUAGAAAAUGCAGGAAGAGUUUGGGAUUUUUUUAAUACCAGACUAGAACAUCCUUUGGUGAGGAUGGGGUUGGCAAGAAGAUACUUUGGAGGGUUGUUUGUAGGGACUGAAGCCAUGCUGAUCCUGGGGAAAUACCCUACCUUCCUGUAAGCCCAGUGCCCUGUUGCUAAGUUACCACACCAUGCAAUGGGGAUCACCCCUCUGUGGUAGAACUUGCCUUUAAGGCAAAGGUGUAAGAACUAGGGGUGCCCACAACUAGUUUCUUAGGGGGGAGGACAGAUGGGGUGCUGCUGUCAGAGGCUUAGGGAGCUGCAAUACUGCUUGGAAUUGGGCAGCCUUCUGGCUGAUGUCUUGAGAAUAUGCAAUUUACUUCAUUAAAUGAUAAUCCUGGAA